UUCCUUCCCCCCUCAACAGCCUAGGACUCACUUAGUUAAAGCCCAGGAGGGCAAUGGCCCUCUCUGUGGGGCUGGUCCUGGGGCUGUACAUGCUGGUGACUUUCCUGAGCCCCCAGGAAGCAGGGGUUAUCAAAGCUGAUCACAUGGGCUCCUACGGACCAGCUUUCUACCAGUCCCACGGUGCCUCAGGCCAGUUCAGCCAUGAAUUUGAUGGCGAACAGCUGUUCUCCGUGGACCUGAAGAACAGCCAGGCCGUGUGGCGCCUGCCUGAGUUUGGUGACUUCAUGAACUUCGACCCACAGCGGGGGCUGAUGAGCAUCGCCAUGAUCAGAGCCCAUCUGGAUACCUUAGUGGACCGCUCCAACAGAACCAGAGCCACCAGUGUGCCACCAAGGGUGACCGUUCUUCCCAAGUCUCGAGUAGAACUGGGGGAGCCCAAUACUCUCAUCUGCAUCGUGGACAACAUCUUCCCCCCUGUGAUCAAUAUCACCUGGCUGCGCAACGGUCACGCCAUCACCGAGGGAGUGACCCAGACCAGCUUCUAUACUCGGCCUGACCACUUGUUCCGGAAGUUCCAUUACUUGACCUUCGUGCCCUCCGCGGAGGACGUCUACGACUGCAAGGUGGAGCACUGGGGCCUGGACGCGCCGCUCCUCCGGCACUGGGAGCCUCAGGUGCCUACCCAACCACCAGAUACCACGGAGACCAUGGUGUGUGCCCUAGGCCUGGCCAUCGGCCUGGUGGGCUUCCUCGUGGGCACCAUCCUCAUCAUCUCAGGCAGGAUUAUGGCUAGUGCUCAUAGUGCUCCCAGGCAAUGAGCUGAGAGAUCAUGGGAAAUGAC